CAACAAGACAUCACAGAUCAACUGCUUUUAAAAGACAAAGAUGAACAGCAAACUUCUUCAGUCUGAGUCAGAGGAAUCCGUGGUGAGGAUUGUGCUCUUGGGAAAGACUGGAGUUGGGAAGAGUGCAUCAGGAAACACCAUCCUACAGAGCCACAGUUUUACUACUAAACUGUCCUCUGCAUCUGUGACAGCAAAAUGCAAGAUCAUGACAAGAAAAGUGAAUGGACAAACUCUGGCUGUUGUUGAUACUCCAGGUCUGUUUCACACCUACAAAGAUCGUGAAGAGGUGAUGAAUGAGAUCUUAGAUUGCACCACACUGAUUUCACCCGGUCCUCAUGUGUUCCUGUUGGUGCUUAAGCUAGGUACCUUCAGAAAAGAAGACAAAGAAAUGCUGGAACGCUUCAAGAAAGUCUUCAAAGAUGCAGAACAUCAUACCAUCGUCUUGUUCACCCAUGGUGAGCCAGGACGCGAGGUUGGCGCUUUCAUUGAAAAAAAUGAAAGUCUCAAAAAGUUCAUCAGCGAGUCUUGUGCAGUGUACCAUGUCUUCAACAACAACGAACCUGAGAAUGAGUCUCAAGUUACCGGCCUACUGGUGAAGAUCAACAACAUAAUCCAAAAAAAUGGAGGAAGCUACUACAGAAAUGAAUUGCUUGAAGAGGCUAAGAGAGCAAUCGAAGUAAAGCAAUGUGAUGAUGGAAAAUCGGCAGUAUGUUGGGAGAGCUUAAUCUCUAAGGGUCUAGACAAAGUGCUGGGACAAGGUUCAACUGCAAAUAUGGUUGUGAGCGGUUUCCUUAAAACAGUGGAAAAUAUUGCGUAUGAAUGGAUGCCACCUGAGGCUUUCAAAAAAGUGAGUCAGAGCUCAUCAAACCAGCACUAAAAAACAUAUGACACAGGGAAAUGAUAAUGACGAAAGGGUGUAAAUGUAUCAUGCUUUUGUUCUUUUUUCUUUUCCUUUUUCUUUUCUUUUCUCUUUUCUUUUACAGAGAACAUCUUAAACAUUACACUUUAUUCAAAAUGCACUAAAUGUGUAGACUCUGCUGUAUUGAUGAUUUGUGGACAGUUGAUACAUGGAGCAUUAUCUAACAGCCACACACAAGGGAACAUCUUAUCUUCUCAAGAAAGUAUCAGAAACUAAAAAAAAUAUUUCAGGUACAGUUAGUCAAUUGAAACUACAUAAGUUUAGAGUUUUUUGUUAAGCUGCCAUUACUAUAGACUCAUUUGCCAGUUUGUUAGGUACACCUUCCUAAAAACUAAUACAACAGCUGUAGCAAAAUUUGAGGGUGUAGUGCAGAUUGACCUCACGGGUAUCCUUAUGAUGGACUGAUGAAUAUGACAUCACCUCAAAACAUCAACCUGACAUAUGUCUAUAUGACUCUAUGUUUACUCCCUUUGGUUAAUGUGUAAAAAGUCAGUGUGAGCAUGAACUUGACCUGAACUAAAAGACAAUAAUAAAUCAUUUAAUGAAUUAAACUGCAUGUGUGAAAGAGCCGCUUAAUGGGGACAGUUUCAGAACUCUCAUACUGCCAAAUGUAUUGUUGCCUCAGAGCGUGUAGAAUGGCAAAAAGAAUGGCUUAUGGUCUGGAGCUUCAAAUGGCUUCAUGCCAGCACCUGCCUUUUCCAAAGAACCUGGAACACACCAAACACGUGUUCAUAUAGCUGGUGUUUGCAACAGUGUGGAUGCGCCAUGUAUCAACUGCAAUUUGUUUUCAAAGUAUAAAAUUAUUGUUUGUACUGUGGGAGUGGGCUGAACUUUUCUUUCUGAACUACUACUACUACUACCCUCCCCCUCCAUAAAAAGGUUUAUGUAGGGGAGUUUUCAACAGUUUUGAGUGACUGUACUCGAUAUUAAGUUAAAUAUUUAUUUAGUUUUUAAGGGAAAAACUGUUUAUGCUGGGUCUGUUUAACUGUGUAAAGACAUUUCAGAUAUUCUGAGAUUAAUCUGACUUCUGACUUUUGUCUUCUGUAAUUAUAUCCUGUAGUAAACUGCACUUGUGUUGAAACUCUUUAAUUGCUUUUUUUUUGCACAUGCAUAUGUGUUAUAUCCUUGUAUAACACUUCAGUAAAAAAGGUUGGCAUUAUUUUAUCUUUUUAUUAUCCAAACAAUUAUAUUGCAUCAUUGUUCACUUUCUCAUAUAUUGGUUUUUAUUCGACAUGUGGGAUUUGCUGUACUGGUUUGAUUUUGAUGAGCUGAAUUAAAAAGAGCCC